AGAAAAAAUAAAAAAAAUCCCACCUCGCCAGAAAAAGUCAAUCGGAGUCCUCUCCCCCGUUGGCGUCAACCCCGCCGUACGCCCGCACUCUCUUCUCACGCGGCCUAAGCAACCUCCUCAUCCCCCUCCUCCUCAAAUCCACCGCCCGAACCCCGGCUCAGCCUCCCCUCCUUGCUCCUCCUCCUCCUCCCCAGACCCGGAGGCCAUGGGCGGCUCGUCCUCCAGCCGCCGCCGCCGGGACGACUACUACCCGCCCCCGCCGCCGCCCCUCCACCACUACUCCAACUACCCGCCGCCCCCACCUCCGCCGCCGCACCACCCCCAUCACCCCCACCACCCGCCUCCCCCGCCGCCUCACCACCACCCCCACCCCCACCACCCGCCUCCCCCGCCGCCGCCGCACCACGGGCCCUCCUCGUCCGCCGCGGCCUACUACUACCACCACCACCACCCGCCGCCCCCGCACGCGUACCACGGCCCAUGGCACCCCGCGCCCCAGCCGCCGCCGUCGCAGAUCCCCGCCCUCACGGGCCCCCCGCCCGAGUUCGUCGGCCACCAGCAGGCCCUCAAGGUGAAGAACGACAUCAACCUGCGCAAGGACACCAUCCGCCUCGUGCCCGACGCCGGGGACCCUGACCGCCGCCUCGUCUCCUUCACCUUCGACGCGGUCACCGACGGCAGUUUAGUUAUACAUUACUUUGCCAAGGAAGGAAAAGACUGCAAUUUUUCUUCAGUGUAUCCAGACCUGCAGACACCAACAAAGAUACCUUUCCAAAAAGGAUUGGCUCAAAAUUAUGUCCAGCCCUCUGGGUCUGGUAUUGAUCUGGGAUUCUUUUCUCUGGAUGAGCUUUCAAAUCCUUCAGAGGAAGUAUACCCACUGGUAGUUUAUGCAGAAGCUUCACCAUCUCCAGAGGAAGGUGAUCAGACAGUAAACUCCACACGGGCACAAAUUACACUUGCUGUUAUAGAGAAACAUAAUGAUGAUCUUCAAGUCAAAGUUGUCAAGCAAAUAUUGUGGAUUAAGGGUGUGCGCUAUGAACUGAAAGAAAUAUAUGGGAUUGUCAACUCCACGGAAGCUGAUGUUCCUGAUGCUGAUGAUGAUGGCAUGGGGAAAGAAUGUGUUAUCUGCUUGACAGAGCCAAGGGACACUGCUGUUUUUCCGUGCAGGCAUUUGUGUAUGUGCAGUGAAUGUGCACAAGCUCUAAGGCUCCAGUCAAAUAAAUGCCCCAUAUGCAGACAGCCUGUUGAGAAACUAAUGGAGAUCAAAGUGAGGAGUGCUGAGCCAUAAGGAAGACUAUGCUGCUUGCUCCACAUGUCGAGGAUGUGUGAAUAAAAGCUGAAGUGAUGGUGUAUGGGGCUUGAUCAGCCCCCGAAGUUUCUUUUUGUUUCUGGUUAGCGGGCAGAGUCUUUGGAGAAUGGCGAAUAUGAAUUGUACAGUACAACUGUAAAGCCGUGGCCGAUAUUGGGCAUACCCAAACAUGUAAAAAGCGUCUAAGCUUGUGAAUCCGUGUACAUAUUUGGUUGCUGCUAGUAUUUGUGUGAGGCACAACCUGUUUUGAGAAGAAAGGACAUGCACUUUUAUUUA